AUGCUCCAACCCCCCAACCCACCACAAAAGAUCCCCCGCCUCCCCCCAUCGGGCCAAACCCUCGACGCCGCAGCCCGGUGGCAAGCCCUCGUAAACCGGGACUCCAGCAUCAACACCUUCGUUUACGCCGUCCUCACCACCAAAAUCUACUGCCGACCAGCCUGUCCAGGCCGGCUGGCACGCCGCGCCAACGUGCUGUUCUUCGACACGCCGACCCAGGCCGAGCACGCCGGGUUCCGGGCCUGUAAGCGCUGCCGCCCGCAAUACGCGGGACGCGCGGCGUCUCAGAGUGACCCCCAAACCGUGCUGGUCCAAACCGCCUGCGCGUCCAUCCGUGACCUCCUGUCCAAGGGCCUGAAACCGCCGCGGCUUUAUGAUCUGGCUGCUGCGGCGGGCUUGACGCCGAGUCACUUUCAUCGCGUGUUUAAGAAACGGGUUGGCGUUACGCCGGGCCAGUAUGCCGCUGAUUUUGUCCAGUCGCGUGUGAGUCUGGGGGUUGAUGAGGGCUCCUCUGAUACAUUGUCGUCAGGCAUGCUUGACUCGUCGUCAUCACCAUCAUCCUCUGUGUCAGGGCUAGGUGGUGGCGGGGAUGGCGAGCGCCUGGAUUGGAAUCUUGAUUGGAAUCUGGGAGGGGAGAAGGGAGUGGAGGGGGUUUCAGACAGUCUAGGAGUGGUGGAUGAGGCAAUAUUGUGGAAUGACUUUGAUGUAUGGUUGAGUGGUGAGCCGGCCAUUCAUAUUGAUCCGCGGAUGCUGGGAGGCAUUGAAUCAAAUCUAUAA